GAUUAGUAGGUACUAGUCAACUAGUGCAUUUUUUAUGUCUCCAUAACUGCGUACUACUAAACAUUUCUAUAAGUUUUCAACCGUUUCAAGUUUAGUAUUGUGAGUUGAAGAAAUUUUCAACACUCAGUUUGACUUGUGUUAUCUAACCUAAAUGUCAAUUUGGUGGCGCCACCGUACGGCAAGCUUUUGUUCAGUUGGCGUUCGCAUCGCCUGUCAGUAGCCAUUUUAAUUUGCAACAGUUAUGACCGCGUCUGCAAACAAAUCGUUUAUUAAUUUGGACAGGAUGCGGUCUUGCUUUCUCUGCGGGAGUAAAGCACAGCCCUCCUUUGAAUUUCCGCGUUCCAUAACACUGAGAAGGAAAUGGCUCACCAUAUUGCAGGGCAAAUAUAAGCUGGAAAACCUUCGUGAGGGGGAUGUUAUUUGUGUGAAACACUUUACAAGGAGCAGUUUAUCAUAUGGGAAAAAAGCUGUUACUUUGAUAAAAGGUGCUGUACCAAAAAUAUUUGGCAAUGAAAUCACACCAAACACAAGACUACCUGGUGAAGUCUAUGUCAGGAGAAGGCCUGAACAAGUUAGAUUUAAAAAGCCAGAAACAAUUACAGAACCAACUGAAGAUACUACAACAGUGGAUAUAACUUCUGAAACAUCAACAGAUAAUAAUGAUACAAUUUCUGAUGUAAAUAAUGAAGCAUUGAAUACAAAAACUUUCACAGUUGCAACUUCAGAUAAAAAGAAAACUACAGAUAGAAAGCCAAAAUCUGGCAUGUUAUCUGAUCUGGCUGAUGAGGAAAAAAUAAAUUUGAUAUUAGAUAAUAAAUUUAGAUUUACAAAAGACCAAGUACCAUUGAAAACCACAGCUGAUGAAAAAUUAGUAUCCAGAGAAAUAAUCCAAACCGAGGUGGCAUUUGCAAGUGCCACUAAAGAAAUAAAAGUUCACUGCACUGUAUGUGACAAACAUUUGGGCACAUCGCCACUGAAAGUAUUUGAUAGAUUUACUCACCCAGUGUUGAACACAUUACUGUGUGAAUCUUGCUUUCACUUUUAUAAUACUGGUGAAUUUACUAAGGAUGAAGAUGGCAGUGAGAUUUAUUGCAAGUGGUGUGCCCAGGGUGGCACUGUCAUGUGCUGUUCUUCAUGUCCAUUGGUAUUCUGCAAGGAUUGUAUCUUGAGAAAUUUGGGUGCAGAUGUGCUAAGUGAAAUAGAAAACGCAGACACUUGGGAUUGCUUCAAUUGUAAUACUUUACCACUGACGAAAAUGCAUAUUCUUACAGCAGCUUUGUAUGAAUAUACUGAGAAGCAAAUAAUAUAUGCAAUAUCAAACAACAAUGAGGAAAUUUUACGAAAAGACAUUUCGCUGUGUUGCAAACCAGACAAUUCCCGCAAACGCAAAGAAAUUCAUCAUUCAGAAGAAGAAGAAGAAGAGGAGGAGGAAGUGGAAUAUAUACCCGCUCCAAAGAAAAGAACCGGACCAACGAUUCGUAUUUCAAACGAAGCUGAUUCCUCUGCUCCUGAUCUCGAGAAGUCGAAAAUAACGCAAUCUCCCAGAGUUACUUUACUGAACAAGUCGAAAGUAACAUCAUCUACACCAACAUCUUCUCUUCUACCCGGCGAUUCCAUGCCAUCGCUAACGCCCAUCAUGAAAAUACGUGCCAUACCUACCGCCCUCCUGUUAGAUCCCAAGAAUGAAUCCUCCGAAGCUUCACCUAAGAUUAUCAAUCCUUCCUCGCACUUGCGUAAAAUCGCUCCAACUCCACCCAUUUUGAAACGUCUAAGCCUUGCGACACCAAAUUCAUCCAAACAGGAAACAUUGCUGAGAUUGCGUGUAAACAUGAGCGCGUCUGAUACACCACCACCACUUAUCUGCACAUCCGCUCCUCCACUGGUGCCCACAUCAGCACCUCCUCUAUCACGAUUAUCUGUUGCUGGCAACUCUGCCAAACUGGAUGCGGACAAGGGAUCACCGCCAUUGCGUUCAGCAAUAAAUCAAAAAUGGCGCAUGAAUCAAUACAAUCGCACUAGUUGGUUGAAAACAGCCAUAUCAUCAUCGUCGAUUGGUGUUAGAUCACUUCUGGAAACAUAUAACGAGAUUGAAAAGGACUCUACUCUUCCAAAAAGCCCCGCCGAGCUCGCAGAGUUGCAUAACAAGAUGCAGCAUUGCAUGUCACAUUGCACGAAUCUUCUGAUUGAGACGCGGAAGAAGAUGCAUCGCGAAUUUCUCGAAUAUCUUUCGAAAACCAACGUUUCGCAUUCGUCUGUAGGUCGUAAUGGUACCACAACAGCCUCUACUGCGGCAUGUGAGAUUGUUACGACUACGUCGACGACAACAACACCAAAAGUUGUAAAAUCCACUCCACCAGCAGUAAAACCUGUUAAGCCUGCGAUUAAAUCGGCUGGAGGAGUAACUGUGCCUGUCAUCAGCGCAAAUCGCAGUCAAAUUGUUCUUAAAAAGAACGCGCCUUUAGUACAAACAUCAACAACACCCACUGGUUUGAAAAUUCUCAACAAGCCGAUGCUGCUUAAGUCUGGACCUAAUCAACCGCCGGUAAUUUUGAGACCUGGUCAUCCCCCACUUGCAGUCAGACCAGCGAUGAAUCUCCACAGCAAUAUGACGCCUUUGCAAGGUUUGAAACCCGUCAUUUUGCAAACUGUACAACCCGGUAUUCGCGUAUCAAAGGGAUCGGUGGUAAUCCCGAAUAAACCGCAAAAUAAUCGAACCCAGCCGGCGAUCAAAUCAUACGGCACGGUGCGGACCAGUAAGUCGACGAAUCAGCGGGCUGGUGGCAUUGGUACGAUUAAAAUUGCGAAUAAUCUCAAUACGAAUGUGUUUAUUAAUUUAAACAAACCAAGCGUCGAGAAGGAUCCGCUGGCGAUUUCCGACGACGAGGAGGAAAACAGUAUGCUGCGCUUAUUACAACCGGAAGUCGCCAUGCGUGCGGACUCACCGGUAAAAAUGGUUAAUGAGGAUGAAUUGGUUAAAAUUAAAAUUGAAGAUGACACUUGAUGGUAGACAUCUUUUAUAGAGCGUUUUAUGUUACUUCUUUAUUGAUAUAAUACUUAUAUUGUUUUGGAAAUCGACUUUCCAUUGGAAAAAUUAAUAAACUAUCCAUUUUUGAUUUUA